UUGUUCGGCUGAUUUCGGUCCCACCUCUUGUUUAAGGCCCCCGAAUUCAGAGCGCGGAUUUAAGCCAAGGGAGAAAGGGAGAGGAAGGGAAGCGGCGGUUGGGGAGAGUCUCCAACUCCUGAGUAAAUUGCGAAUCGGCGGGUGGGUGAUUCCAAGCUGCGCUUGAUGCCUCUCGGCCCGCCCCGUGGCUGCGCGGAGAGCCCGCCCCUGCGCCCCGCUGAUUGGCUGUACCGCCCCGCGCGUCACGCUCUUUUGUCUCAGUGGGCAGAGGCUAAAAGGCGGCGUCUGGCGUGGGAACCUCGCUGCCUCUACUUGGCUACCCCUUCUGUGCGGCCGUGGGAAGCGGCUCGGGCGCGCAGCUCGGGUUUGCUCGGAGCGGCAGAGGAGGCGCCCGUCUUUUUCCCCUUGCAGGGCGGCGGACGCGGACUCACAGCUACCGACGCCUGGGCAUCCGUUGUCCAUCAGCAGGUCAUCGAAGCCAAAGCCGAACUUGAAAUCCGUGUAGCUGGUUGCAGAGCUGUCUUGACGCCCUGAGGACCCCGAUCGGCGACCCUUAGUGGACAGAGGCCGACUGGACCCCGGAGGCGAGAUUUCGCAGCGCUGACUGCAGAGGCUGGAACUGAAACAAAGGCGUGCACUUGUUCCUGAGAUCCUUCCCUACUGAGAUACAAGGAAGGCAGAGUCCUGCACAUUGCUUUGGAGAUUCCUCCUGCAGAUUAGGCUUCUCUGAAAAGCCUGAGCAUUUUGUUACCUUCAGAUAGCCAGUCAUUGUCAGUCAUGGCUAGCAUCUUUGCACAUGUGUUUAACAGCCGGGGCCGGAACGCACGCUUGCCACCUUGGGCCCAUUCCAUGCUGAGGUCCCUGGGGAGGAGCCUUGCUCCUUUAAUGGCCAGAUUGACAGAGAGAAACUUAAAGUUGUUCUCUGGAAGGGCGAUGCCAGCCCAGGGGGAAGAAACUUUUGAAAACUGGCUGAUUGAGGUCAAUGGGGUCUUGCCAGAUUGGAAUCUCUCUGAGGAGGAAAAGCUCAAGCGCUUGAUGAAAACCCUUAGGGGCCCUGCCAGGGAGGUCAUGCGCUUGCUCCAGGCAGCCAACCCCAACCUAAGUGUGGCAGAUUUCUUGCGGGCCAUGAAACUGGUGUUUGGGGAGUCUGAAAACAGUGUGACCGCCCAUGGUAAAUUUUUUAACACCCUGCAGGCGCAAGGGGAGAAAGUGUCUCUUUAUGUGAUCCGUUUAGAGGUGCAGCUCCAGAAUGCUAUUCAGGCGGGGGUCAUAGCUGAGAAAGAUGCAAACCAGGCUCGCCUCCACCAGCUCCUUCUAGGGGCUGAGCUGAACAGGGACCUGCGCUUCAGGCUUAAGGAUCUUCUCAGGAUGUAUGCCAAUGAGCAGGGGCAUCUUCCCAAUUUCCUGGAGCUAAUCACGAUGAUAAGGGCGGAAGAGGAUUGGGAUAGCACUUUUAUUAAACGAAAGCGGCCCAAAAGAUCUGAGUCAGUCUUGGAGAGGGCAGCUAACCCUGUGGCAUUUCAGGGCCCCAGUGCUAACUGCAGCUUGAUAGAGAUAGACGAUACCCUUGAUGCCCUUGAUGACUCGGAUGAGGAUGUGAUCCUGGUGGAGCCUCGGGACCCUCCACUUUUAUCCAUGGCUGCUUCUGCCCCCACAUACAGGGACAGAGCUCAGGAUCAGGUGCUGAUCGCUGAUUCCCCCGACAGUUCCUGGGCCCAAUCUCCUUCCACCAGUGGGGGUGCUGGGUAUAAGAGUGAUGGUGCUGAGGAUAAGCGUAAGGCCAGGAAGCGAAAAUACACAGUUUGCUGUUUAUGUUGUGGUGAAGACGGCCACUCAAAAGAAACUUGUGAGAGCAACAAGGCCCAGGUUUUUGAGAAUCUCAUUAUUACCCUGCAGGAACUGACACACACUGAGGAGGAGGAGGAGGAGGAGGAGGAGGAGGAGGAGGAGGAGGAGGAGGAGGAGGAGGAGGAGGAGCUAAAACAGGUCUGUGGUGAACACAGUGACCCCUCUGAGCCACAGAGAGGUGCUAACUCCCAGCCCUAA